AUGUCUUUCCCUCAGUUUCGUAACGAUGUACCGGUCGGUUACUCCGUCAGGCCAACUCGCCUCCAGACGGCAGAUAUCUGUCUCCCGCGGCCGUUGACUGAGUCGUCGCCCGACCGGACAUUCUGGGUCAUCUACAUCCACGGCGGCGCCUGGCGCGACCCCGCCAUAACCUCCACUUCCAUCCAGCCAACCCUGACCCGCCUGCUCAACAGUCCCGAAACCCUCUGCCGCAUCGCCGGCUUCGCCUCCCUCAACUACCGCCUCUCGCCCUACCCCACGCACGCCACCGACCCUAGCCGGCCCGACGACGCCGCCAGAAACGCCAGACACCCAGACCACCUCGACGACGUGCUCGCGGCGCUGCAGUGGCUGGACCGCGAGUACGACGUCGGCAGCCUUGGCAGGAGGGGGGGACGGGGCCACGAGUAUAUCCUCGUCGGCCACUCGUGUGGCGCGACCCUCGCGUUCCAGGCGCUGCGGAGGAUGGCCGGCCAUGGACCAAAUCACAGCCCGCGAGGCGGGUGCGGAAGCCAGGCGCUGCCGGCGGCCGUCGUGGGGGUUUGCGGCAUCUAUGAUAUCCCGCUGUUGGUCAGCACGCAUGAGCAUCCGGCGUAUCGCGAGUUUGUGGAAGCUGCUUUUGGGGAGGAGGAGCGGGAGUGGGCGGAGGUGAGUCCAGCUGAUGGGGUUGGGAGACUGCAGGACGGAGGGGGUGGGGGCGGGAUGCGCGUGGUGGUGUUGGGGCAGAGUAGCGAGGAUGAGCUUGUGGAUGGGGGACAGAGAGAUGCGAUGGUGGAGACGCUGCGGGAGGAGGGGUUUGAGGAGGGCGGUGCGGAUAAGGAACUUGUGGUCCUUGAUAUGAAGGGGAAGCAUGAUGAGGUGUGGGAGAACGGGGAGGAGAUUGUGAGGGCGAUUGAAGUCGCUUUGGAUAGAUUGAGUAGGCGGAUGUAA